AUGUCGAAUCCGAAGGAAACGCUUAAUUAUCUCAACAAUCUCGCACUUCAAACGAUCGAGGACGUCGAAAAGCUUCUUCUAUCGCUUCCAACAGCAGGCAACAAGUGUGAGCUUCAAGUCGCCAAAGAAGUCAACACAAAAAAUGGCCGAUCGACAGCUGACGUGGUGGCGAGAAACGGAAACUUCAAAGUUCGCGACGUUCCUCAAGCGUUCUCGCUUUCACCGCCAUCGUCGCAAAACACGCGAUCGUGCUCGAGCCAGACGGAUUCGUCGAGUAGCCAUCAAAUCAAGGAUGCUCGAAAAACUGAUUAUCGCUCGAUUCGCUCGAUUACCAAACAUCUUGAGAGUCGCGAAAAAUCGCCGGAAUCGAGCGAAAAAAAAUGCAAUUCGUCAUCGACAAAAACGCCGGUGGUUUUAGACAAAAUUCGCGUGUCGGCAAUGACGGAAGUGAUCGGUGUGAUACUCGAACUCGACGUCGAUGUUCGAAUUCCGGAGAAAAACGAGAAGAAGAUGAUCAAAAUGGAAAUUGAGUGUCCAAAUUAUGUGCCGAAUCGUGUGAAAAUCGGCAACAAAUGGAAGAAGAUCGUCUAG